UGACUAGAUAUAUCACAAUAAUUUUCGUGGAAUGUUUUUGUGCCUUCAACAGUAAUAGGAUCAGAGUAGUGAUCGCAGUUUAAUAUUGGAUUAUAGUUGCUGUUUACACAUUCAUACAUUGCCCAAAUUGUGCUCAGUGUAAAGUAUAGAUGAGACGCCGGUAGAGUCCGGUAUUCGGCGAGUAACGCCACGCUGCGCUUAUUGUAUACUUAGGGGCGGUGUGUGAGUGUCGCACCGCCAUGUCGCACCACAGCGACGAACAAGCGAUGCUAUCGGUCACCUCUGACUCGUUCUGGGAGCCUGGUAACUACAAACGGACCACCAAGCGAGUGGAUGAUGGACACCGGCUCUGCAGUGAACUGCAAGGCCUGGUGCAGGAGCGAGCUGAAAUAGAGAAGACAUACGCCAAAAGCCUUCGAGGCUGGGCGAAGAAAUGGAAUGACCUUAUUGAAAAAGGACCGGAGUAUGGCACGAUGGAGGCGGCGUGGAAGGGUGGUAUGGUGGAAGCCGAACGGCUGUCAGACCUCCACCUCAGCGUGAGGGACCGGCUCGUCAACGACGUCAUGGCACAGAUCAAGAACUGGCAAAAGGACACGUAUCACAAGUCAAUGAUUCAGCUUAAAGAACGGAAAGAAAUGGACGAGGCAUUCAAAAAAGCACAGAAGCCCUGGGCGAAAUUCUUGCAAAAGGUAGAGAGGGCGCGGAUGGAGUACCACACGGCGUGCAAACAGGAGAGAACAGCGCAGAACCAAGAGAGAAAUGCUAGUGGCGACAGCUCUUUGAGUCCUGACCAGAGAGAGGCGAUGAUUAAGAAAAUGGCGGAACGUGUGACAAAAUGCCGUGAUGACGUAGCGAAAAGUCGUGAUAAGUACCAGGCUGCAUUGGCUGAGAUUACGGCCUACAAUCCCCGAUACAUUGAAGAUAUGACAGGCGUCUUUGACCGCUGUCAGCAGAUGGAGGCCCAACGACUUGUGUUCUUCAAGGAUGUGUUGUUUAGCUUCCAUAAAUGUUUGAAUAUUAGCCAAGAACCCAUAUUACCACAAAUAUACGAAGAAUUCCACCAUACGAUCAACAAUGCUGACCACCAAAAGGACCUCAAAUGGUGGGCGAACAACCAUGGCAUCAAUAUGGCCAUGGCGUGGCCACAGUUCGAGGACGAACCGUCGGAGACCACAGAGCCGAUACGAUACAAAUACCUUCCCGCUGCGGCGUCAGCGGUGAUAGACCGCGUGGUGACCACGGCAAGACGACCGCGAAAUAUCUCCGUGGGUGCGCUGUGGUCACGCACACAGCGGCAUCUGCGACUCGCCCUGCCAUCUAUCUGCUUCAGGAAAGAGAGGGACCCCAGAGUGGCGCCCUCUGACACCACUAGCGUGUAUAAGGGAGAAUAUUUUACCAACUCCUAUAUGGAAUACACGGAGGAGUUCCGGGACAUCGCCAAGGGCAAAUCGAAGGAGAGCCUGCCCACCGGACCGAUCACCUUACUCAACCAGCGCCCUGUCAGCGAAGACGAACUCCCGCCAAUAACAAACAACAAAGUGAAGGCAAAUCACACGGAGCCUGUAGUACAAGUGAAUAACGCGCCGUCACAGAACAGCACAGCCAAUAAUACCAUAGACAAGAAAUCUAUCAGUGCACCGAUCGCUGUCACAAACGGUACAGCAUCAGCGCCAAAAUCCAACAAGUCGUCGCCCGUGAAGGAGCCAAGCCGGCAAGAUAAUCCAUUCGAAGAAGAAGAGUGGGAGGAAGAGUCUGGAGGUCCUUUGACGGACACAGGUGAACCAGGUGUGCCCGUACGAGCUUUGUAUGACUACACUGGCGCUGAAAGUGACGAGCUUAGCUUCCGGCAAGGUGACUUAUUCGAAAAACUAGAAGACGAAGAUGAACAGGGAUGGUGCAAGGGGCGAAAGGAUGGCCGAGUUGGGCUCUACCCCGCCAAUUACGUGGAGCCAGUGGGGCAUUAACGCCCUAUUGCCCCUUACCCUAACUGCGCAACUAUAUACUUGUGAAAAUGCCGCGAAUUAUUUAAUACCACAUAGAAUCCUGAAGGAGGUCAUUUUAAUAUAUUUUUAAGUUAAAUAAAUAUUUAAUUGUAAAACAGUUUUGGGUAAUACAAUUGUAUUCCAUUGUAAUAAGAUUGAUUACAAAAGUUAAAUUUCGUGACAUUUUCGCGAGACUAAAUCUGGACGUAGUGUAACGUCACUCGACUUUGUAAAAUGACGUAACCGACUCUUUGUAUUGUGUAUUAAAGUUUAUAUUUACUAUUCAAUACUUAUCGAAGCGUUGUAAAUUAGUAAAUUAUAUUUAAAUCGAUUAGCGGAAAUAGCAAAGGUAUUUGUUACGUUGUGGUAUAAUUGACGAUUUAUCGACUUUAGAAAUUCUUUAAAUAGCAGACGUGUGUUGGGGAAUUAGAUUCAAAGUCUCCUACGCCUAACCCAUUCAAUGUGAAUCAAAUAUCUUAUGUUUGACAAAUUAAUAAGGUGGUGAAAAUCAGUCUUCGACAACUUCAAAAACAAAUAAUUAAAGUCAUAUGAAAUUUUAAGAAAAGCAUCUAAAAACAUCUAUAAUUUAUUAGUAUGUAUAAACUAUAGAUGUAUGUGUAAACUCAAAUCUCAAAGAAAUGUUUAGUUUAAACAAUUUUGCAAUUCAUUUGAAUUUUUUUUGUCUGACAACGCGUAAGCAAGCUAUAAGCUAAAUAAAUGAUUGUAAAAUGUUGCCAAAAAAACUGAAUUUGAAAAAAAAAAAUAGCAGACGAAGAUGAACAGGGAUGGUGCAAGGGGCGAAAGAAUGGCCGAGUGGGGCACUACCCGGCCUAUUACGUAAAGCCAGUGGGGCAACGCCCCGUAUUGCAACAUAUAUACUUAACAUAUCCUAUAGAUUUUGUUAUAUCUAAAUAGAAAUUGGAUUGCGCUGAAGGUGUAUGAGAUUUUGAUUUUAAUUUAAAAUCCAAUUGAAUAGUAGAUUUGGGUGUAGAAUCAAUGCAAGUAUUUAAUUACGAUUUUUAUAAGGUAUAAAUGGCUCUAAACUGGCUUAACGAGUGAUAUACGCGUGUGUUUUGACGUCGUUUUAACCGCGAUUUUUUAAAUCUAACGUGCACCUAAACGUUUUUUACUCUUUUUAUACGGAGUUUGAACGGCCAAGGGUAUUUUUCGAGGUUAUGUACACGGAAACCAAAAAUUUUAAAUUGUAGAGCGGGUUUAAGGGUUUGAAGACGGCCUCUCGGCGCUUCGGUUUAGAGAAAUGUUCGGUUCGACCGACGACUAGAAGCCAAAAAUGUACGUUAACGCAUAGUUCUGUACAUGUCUCGUAGUGUAUUUAUUUCCUGUAUAUAAAAGUAUUUACGAAGCGAAGGGAGCCUUUAGAUGUAAUGUAUUAAUGUUUUCCUUUUAUUUUAUACCUCGUUUUAUUGUUGUAUCGUGAAGUAGCAACGAGUCACUAGUUGAGGCAGCGUAUUCUUGACUUGACGCGGUCGUAGGUUUAUUUGUUAUAGGUUCAGAGACCACUGAGAAAUUCAUUGUAUAUUAUUAUCAGAGAGGGUGGCGACGGACCACUUAUGUUAAUAUAUUAUUAAUAUUGGUAAAAUAAAUUGUUACAAUAUGA